UAUUGGGAUGGGAAGGCUAUGGGUUGCUUCUGAGAAGGGAUUCAGAAGGACAAACUUGCGCCAUCUACCGAAGGUUUUGAAUAAACGUAUGGCAAGGAUGGCAGGACCUUCAAGCUCUCAAUCACAAACGGAAACUGUUUUGGAAGGAGAUGUCAAUGACAGUGGACAGGACGUGCCGACAAUAAGUUUGUGUUUACGUAAACCGAGAUCACACAAGAAAGUUCAAUGGACUUCUAGCACUGUAGAUAAUGAAAAUAUGAAUAAGAAAAAAUCAAAAUGCUGUUGUAUUUAUGAAAAACCUAAACAAUUUGGAGAAAGCAGUUCAGACGAAAGUGAUGACGAGUGUGAACAUUGCCAUGGUCGUAAAGAAACUCAUAAAAAAGUAUUGCCAGGAACUUCCGUUUCACCACAUGAUGAAUUACCUCAACCAGAACCAAUAGCAGGAUCCACCUGAAAAGUUUGUCAAAUUAAUAAAAAUAAAAAAAAUUUUAAGUAAAUAAAAUUAAUUAUAAAAAAUUUAAAAUGUGUAAAAAUUGUUCAAACAAUUGAUUAAUAUUUACGUAUGUCUC